CGACCAAUCAGUGUCAGCGGAGAAACUUCAGAGUGGAACUGCAGGGUUAGGAUUUCAGAGUUGAGAGAGCGAUUUGGCACUUACACAAAGAGCACGAUCAUCUGUCCUCCUCCUAAAACGCUACCCGUGCUUUUUUACAUGCCUGUCCUUUUAUACCCACUUCUGAGCAACAGCGCGACGCAUUAGAAGCUCCGGGAUGUACACGGCCGGGCUCAAUCCGUUUUAUGCAUCAAACUUCAGCCUCUGGUCCGCGUACUGCGCGGGGGGCUUCGCUGUGGAUACCAUGAAGAAACCCUCGUUUUGCAUCGCAGACAUUUUGCAGGCUGGAGAUGCGGAGAACAUCUCAGGAUCGUCGGCCCUCAUGGUGCACAUGGGACACCACCACCAUCGCGCACAGCAGGGGCACUCGGGCAACUCUCCGCUGCGCCCUUCUCCCGUUGCGCCGGAGCCGUACGGUGCCAGGGUGAAUCCGGCGUCACCCUACCACAGACACGGACUACAACUAACAUCAGUACCCAGAACGGCAUUUAACUCCCAACAAGUCCCCCCGCCUUCAAGCAAAGACCUCAAAUUUGGAAUUGAUCGGAUACUGUCAACAGACUUUGAUCCAAAAUGCAAAGAAAAGUCGUCACUAAGAGAUCUCGCAUCCAUCGUUAGCUCGAACCGUCAGUCAGGCAUCCACGUCCCCGUUCAGCCUUCAGCCAGCCAGUUCUUCUCCUCCAUAGACCACGGGAUGAGCGACGCGUCCUCCAUGAUGAGUUCACUAGGCAGCAGCAGCAGCAGACAAUCAGGCCAGCAUCAGUUUCAGGACACCUUCCCAGGUCCAUACGCUGUCCUCACAAAAGACACGAUGCCUCAGACGUACAAGAGGAAAAGGUCAUGGUCCAGAGCAGUGUUUUCAAACCUGCAGAGGAAAGGACUGGAGAAAAGAUUUGAAAUACAGAAGUACGUCACCAAGCCAGACAGAAAGCAGCUGGCUGCCAUGCUGGGACUGACAGACGCUCAGGUGAAGGUUUGGUUUCAGAACAGACGCAUGAAGUGGAGACACUCCAAAGAAGCGCAGGCCCAGAAGGACAAGGAGAAGGACGAGAAGGGCGAGAAGAGUCUGUCUGAGUCCGGCGGCAGGGAGCCCAAAGAGCCGCUGGAGUCUGAGUGUGAGAGCGAAGGCGGGAGCGAUUGUGAAUCCGACGAGGCCGGGGAGGAAAGCGCUGAUGGACACUUGGACAUUUCUGAGCACAAUAAGCCCAGCGUGAUCAUGAGCGGGAGCGCGCCGGCGAGCAGCACAGAGACGGUGGCCACAGUCACAGACACAGCGGCAUCACAGGUGCUAAUAUGAGGACGUAUUUAGGUCACGAACAAUCAUUAGAAGAAUGAGAAUUUAUUAAAAAAAACAAAAAAUCUGACAGAAGAACGACAGUAUGUUCAGACGCCGGGGAAGCAGUAUCACUUCCCGCUGCUGUGGUGGAGAAGUUAAGCUUGAAAGGUCGGUUUAAUUCCUGGAAACACGUGACGCAAAUAGACAGCUUUAUUGCAAAAUACACCCAGCAUGCUGCAGAUUAUGGUGUGAAUUUUACUAAAUUUGAUCUCUGUUUUGGCCUUAUAAUAAAACCACAGUGCACGUAAAGUUUAAAGAAAAAAGAAAAGAAAUAAAAGGCAGACUUCCGGCCUCCUCCAGUGUCUGCUUACUGUCGUUUUCCUCUCAAGAGCUUCUGUGUGCAUGAUGUUUUCCUCAUGCGAAGGAAAUACGGGGUUGUGAAUUUUAUUUUGAGGUUAUGAACCACUCGUUUCACGUUAUGAAUGAGAUAUCAGGAACAUCCACGCCG